CAGCAGCUCACAACAUCACCUGUCUAUCACCUGGCUGUCUCCUGGUUGUCUCCUGUUUAUCACCUGUCUAUCAUCUGGCUGUCUCCUGGUUGUCUCCUGUUUAUCACCUGUCUAUCACCUGGUUAUCACCUGGUUAUCACCUGGUUGUCUCCUGGUUGUCUCCUGGCUGUCUACUGUUUAUCACUUGGUUAAUCACCUGGUCAUCACUUGGUCAUCAUCUGGUCAUCACCUGGUUAUCACCUGGUUGUCUCCCGGUUGUCUCCUGCUCAGAAUGGAUUUGACGCAGCUGCUGCUCGGCCUCACCCUCCUGCUCUCCUCGGUGUGGAGAUGUUCGACGAGCCGCUGCCUUAACGACACGGAGCUGGUGAAGGCUGCGGAGAAGAGGCUGGUGACUCACUACUCUCAUCUUCUGGAUGUGGGCACUGAAGCAGCGGUGGCAGCGGACUCCCCGGCCUCCUGCCCGGUGCAGCUGUACAACCAGCGGCCUGUGGAGCUCAGUGACCGGUCCGUGUCGCCCUGGAGAUACGUGAGGAAACCCAUGACGGACCACUUCCCCUCCAUGUACUCCGAGGCCCAGUGCCUGUGUUCAGGCUGCAUCCUGAUCCAGGGCCAGAAUCCUCCCAAGGAGAGUCUGGACUAUAACUCGGUCCCCGUGCUGCAGAGCCGCGUCUUCCUGAAGAGGGAGCUCUGCAGCGGGGGGGGAGAAUACCGCCUGAAGCCCGUGACCGUGGACGUCGCUGUGGGCUGCACCUGUGCCAGGGUCAAGUCCUCUUAG